AUGAAGUCCCCUACCACGCUUCUGCUUGUCGCUGCGGCCCUAGGCUUGGCCAAAGCAGAUGCCGAUCCCACACCGCCUCCGCUCACCCACCUGCUGACGGCCAGCGUCAUCGCCGGCACCACCAUAACCAUAGGCCCCGAGGCUGGGGGCACCCGGGUGGCACUGCCCAUAGCUGGCGGGACGUUCACGGGGCCGCGACUCAACGGCACGUUCCUGCCUGUGGGCGUCGACGCGGGCCUCAUGACGGCAGACGGCCAGUUCUACCCAGACGGGACCUCGGUCCUGCAGACGAGCGACGGCGCCAACAUCAUCUUCCGCGGCAGCGGCUACCAGACGGGCGACAACAUAUACGGCGCGGUCACCUUCCAGACGGGUGCCGAGCAGUACGCCUGGCUGAACACGGUGGUGGCCGUCAGCAGCGCCGUGUUGUCAGCCGAUGGGUCAGGCUCGGGGAUCGCUCUCAAUAUCUUCACGGUGGGCGAUGGGAAUACCUAA